ACGUCUGUCAGCGGCAACAGCAGCAGCAGGAGUCCGAGUAGCAUUCCAAUCUCGAUGCGCGCGGGCGCCCGGUCGGCUUUUCUCAAAGCGCCGGCGCGCAGCCGGGAAACCCUUCUUCGUUGCGCUGCCGCCGGAUGUAAAUAAAGCCGAGCGAAAUAAAACAAAAAGCAAACGAGAAACGGAAAGUUCAGAGACGAUAUACGCUGUGCACCGCCUCGCCCCUCGAUCGGCGCUGCGAACAGAAGACAAAAAGAAGCAAAACGAGCAGACGACAGAGAGCGAAAGGACCGAACAGACGACAAAUAAAGCGAAACAGACGGCAAGAAAAUAUGAAAAGCAGACGACGAGGAAAAAAAGAUGCCGAGGACAACCAGAAAAAGAAGCGCUCGCACACAAGAGAAGUAAACCAGUCUCCUCUCCGCUGCAGCUCGGCAAGCUACCCCGACGAGUCGCCGUCGCUAUCAAUGCAAGUACACACAGAAAGGCGUGUACGGGGGAGCAGCUUUGCGGAGAGAAAUGUCGCAGAGCCCGCAGAGCCUCUUGGCGUUUCCGCUUGUGGCUUGGGCUAAGCGAGGCAGUGUCGAUGAGUUUUCGGGAAAGCAGAAGCGGAGGAAGCCACAUGCACACGCCCCUAAGCUAUAUAAUGCGCAAAAAAAAAAAAGCAAGAAUAUUGCAUCAAUGUACAGCGAAGAGACGUCUCCCGCGCAAGAUGCGCUUCUCUCAACUCUCGGGCCUGCGCCGCUCGUCUUCGUCAAAGAAGGAAAUGCUGCUAUCCCUCGCUCGCCUUGGUGUGGCAAGUCGAGCGAGGGCGAUGGCAGAUGCGUAGUGUGUACGCAGGCAACGCAAGCGUGCGCACAACCGCGCUACAAAAAGGGGAAGGGAAAAGGGAGGGGGAGAUAAAUAAAACGCAUACAUAAGCAAAUGGCGGCGCCCUCUAGCGAGUAACAGAAGCCCGGCGCGAUGAGCGGAGCAGACGAAAGCGCUUACAGAGGCGCGACGUCCGAAGAUAACGGCCUGGAUUGUGCGCGGAUGCUGGACCGGUGGAAAUGAGCUAUUCGGGCGGCGCGGUCCUGUCCCAGCAUGUCGUGGAAGCUCUGCACUCAGUGUUCCACGCAGCCGACGGAGGGCGCAGCGGUCGCCUGGGAGCCCGUGCCGUGCUCGCCGCGGCCAACCAGCUGCUCCAGGGAGACCUGCCCCCGGCGCACGAGGACCUGCUGCUGGGACGGGCGGCGGAGAAGUCGGCGGCCAAGAACGGCGAGCUGAGCUUGGACGACUUCGUGCUCGUGAUGGCGGACGCCCUGACGGAGACCACGCACUGGGGCAGCCUGAAGACGGACGUGGCCGGCUACGUGGGCAUCGACACCCUCCAGGAGCAGAUACGCAAGAAGGUCCUCCGCCGAGGGUUCGAGUUCAACAUCGUCGUCGUCGGCAGGAGCGGCCUGGGAAAGUCAACGCUCAUCAACACCCUUUUCAAGGCCAACAUCAGCCGGAGGUCGUGUACGAAGAAAGGAUCUGAAGCAGCGGACACGGUUCCCUACGUCAUUCCCAAGACAACCGAAGUCAAAUCAGUGAGCCACGUGAUCGAGGAAAAAGGCACACGGCUUCGGCUGACUGUCACGGACACACCGGGCUUUGGCGACCAGAUCAACAAUGAGAACUGCUGGCUGCCCAUUCUGGAGUACAUCAAUGAGCAGUACGAGAAGUACCUCAGCGAAGAGCAGAGUGUCACACGCAAGAAGCACAUCCCAGAUACACGGGUCCACUGCUGCCUCUAUUUUGUGCCCCCUUCAGGACAUGCCCUGACGCCUCUGGACAUCGAGUUCAUGAAGAGGCUUGACAAAUGCGUCAAUAUUGUUCCAGUCAUAGCUAAGGCUGACACGCUGACCCUCGAAGAGCGGAGCAGCUUCAAACAGAGGAUCCGAGAAGACCUGCACAAGAAUGGCAUCAGUGUGUAUCCCGUGCAAGAAUUUGAAGAUGACCCUGAGGAGACUGUUCUCAACAACAAGAUCAGGGCCUCCAUUCCGUUUGCUGUUGUGGGCAGCGACAAGCAGCACACAGUAAACGGUCGCACGGUCUACGGCCGGCAGACUCAGUGGGGCCUUGUGGAAGUGGAGAACAGACACCACUGCGAGUUUCCUGACCUCAGAGAUAUGCUCAUCAGGACUCACAUGCAAGAUCUCGUAGAAGUGACCAAGACAGUUCACUACGAGAACUUCCGCCACGAAAGGCUACAAGCGCGCCACGGUCACAUUAAUGGACACGGCAUCAACAUCGUGAACCUGAACGAGAGUAGCCUGUGAGGUGGUGCAUCCGAUUGUCCGAUUCUCCCUCCGCCGACAUUUACUUGCCUCCGACCCCCCCCCCCCCCAAGCACGCUCCGGGUUUGUUUGCUUGUGGACACGUGAAGGCCACUUUCACAAGUUCUUCCUCAUCUCUCAGGGGACAAACUCUGUCAACAAAAGGUUUUGAAAUUGUGACGUCUCCUGCAUUCCGUGCUAGGCGCUCUGCUAUGAAAUUUGGCAGUGUCUUAUGGCGUGACGCAUUUCAGUUUGGCAGUGGGAGCAAGGCACGAAAUCACGACAAGGCAAGAAUUUGGCGAGUGUAUUAAGCAUGAAGCAGGUUCAGAUGAAAUGAAGCAAUAAUGAAAAGUGGACGCACAUGCAUACAAGCAAAAAUUACAAAAAAAAACCGAAGUCUUACCUGCAUGCGGCUGAAAAAGAACGCCACUUCUCUCCCGACUUUUAUUAAUUAUUAAAAUCACACAUAUCACGGCUAAGCUUUCCGCAUCUAUGCCAGUUUGCGGAAACUCCUCAGUCUCUUUGUAGAGUCACAGCAAUUGUGUCAUUUAUGUGAUGGUGUGAAGGAAAUGUGAUCGUGGAUGUCACGUCUGUGUGCUAGCUAGGUAAAGCUAUAUAGGAACCAAUGUGUCACCCUAUGAAGCGUACUGUUCUCUGUUUGUAUCUUUCUUCCAGUGGCGUAAGCUUAAACCUUGGAGGUUUUUAACAUUUUAGAGUUGUGUCUGUACUGCAGUGCCUGUGUAGAAGCUGCUGUCAAAACUUGCAAGAUCUCAGUGAAAACAGGAAACUGCAAUUUUUAACCCAGCAUUUCUUCAGCGUGCUUCCACUUGACACUACAAUGAGCGUUACUGAAACACAGUGCUUACUUUAUGCAAGAGGUGGCAUUGCAGUAGGCAUGGCAGAGUUUAAGAAACGUGUCGAGUCAAAGCUUAUUUGUGAAUGCUAGGGCUGUUUUCACCUACUGUCUCCACUGCCAUGUUAAAUAGCCAACCGCAUUGCCAUGUCCACGAAUUGGACAGCUUCUUUUAUUUUUUUUUUGCAAACUGUUUUUACGUGUUGUGGCAAGAAUUGCAGAUGGAGCGAUUGCUAAUUCACGCCAAUUGUGGCCUGUGCUGCGCCAAAAAAAAAAAAAAGAUGCAGCAUUUCGCCGAACUUUUGUGCUCACAUGUUUGGUGAAAACCAGAAGUGCUUAAUGAUGUUUACAGGUGAAAAUGGUUGCCAAGCUCCCGUUCGCCUUGCGAGAAAAAAUUGACGAGUUUGCUCCAUCACUGAAUGAAUCCCACGGGUGGCCGCUGAGACUGCCUGUUGGGGUGACAGUCUUUGCUCAAGUAAACCGUGGGUCUUCUAGUCAUAGCUUAGAUGUCACAAGACGUGACACGUGGAGUCACUAUCUGUCAAUGUUCAGUCUUCAGAACAGGCUCAGCCCUGUUCUAGCACGUUCCGAGAACUGUGAAAUGUGUGCUAUCAGUGCUGACACGAUGCUAGCUGUCACACUUUUGCUACAGCUACGGAGAAUGUCAAGUCACAAGAUAUGGAGUGAUGCGGCGAAGAUAAGACUACCAGAUUUGCAGAUUGAAUGUGCAAGCCAUUCACAGGGAAAAAAGAUAAAAGAAAUUCAUAGUUCGAACAACAUUGUGGGGAACAUGUGUUAUGCAAAUUAUGUGUAUCUUGCAAAUUCCUCAAUAUACGGCAACCUUUUAAAACAUCUCUUCUCGCACACAGUCACCCUUGCUGCCAUCUAUACUGCAACUGCUGCUUUCUUUUCUACCAAGUGAUGUAUAUAGACCACUUUAAUUCGGCUUGUGGUUGGUACUUCAAGUCUUUAAAUUUCUCGGUCUUUUUAUGUGCAGCAUUUUCUUAUUGUUGAGCAUGGUUUGCCUCAAGUCAACACAGUUGUUCAAGUGAAAUACAAACAGGGUGAUUCCAAAACAUACAGCGACCUACACGUCUACUGUAACAAAUUAAAAAAGAAUGUCUUUCAUUUGCAGCCACCUUUGUCACCGGUCAAAUUUUAAACCAAGGUCACAUCUUUCUUAGGCUGCAGUGUUCAAUAACAUACUUGCCACUUGCCUGAUUUAAGUGGAAGAGAAUUUGGAAGCUGCCACUGCCUGCACCUUUUGUCAGGGCAGAAGUGAGUAGCUGUACAAGUAGUGGACUGCGUGUCAAUGCCUGUCAGCAGCCAAACAAAACAGUGCGGAUAGUGGCAGCAGUGGGAAUUGCUCUAAAGAAUGCGUAGCUGCUGAUUUUAAAAGCCCGUCUCACCUUCCCACUCUGGUGUUUCAAGGCACUUUUGUCUGGUUGAACACAGAGCAGGGUCGCUAUAUUGUAGCGAUGCCUUUUUCGAUGCUAUUGCCUUGUUGAACUUUUUAAGUUCACGAGUGGCCAAAGCAGUGGUUACCUCGGUUAAAGCAUUGGACACCACCAUUUGCGAAUAUGAAAAGCACGAAAGAGCAUUAGCAUCGAAAAAAGGCAUCGCCACAAGAUAGCGGCCCAGCUCAGCCCACACAGCCGUUCCUUCAGAGCCGCUAUCCUUGCUGCUUUCUUUGCCACCGAGUGGCAACAUCAGUUCAUUCCUCUGCACAGCAAUUUGCUUCUCUGAUCACAAUGGGCAUGGAUGACAGCAGCUUGCAAUUUUUUUCAUUUUUGGACGAGCCAGAAACAAAAAUGGCCAUCUUGGGUAACACAGUGCAAAACUGACACCAACAAUUGUCCGUGUCAUUUUUGCGCUGUAUUACUUAGGAUGAAGCGAUGCCAAUGUAAGUUCUGUUAACAAUGCCAAGUUUGUAGGGAACAAUGAACUAAAUGUGUCACACGUUAAAUAUAGUAGUUACAUACAGUGCACAAAAAAAGAAAGGAGAUCUGUUAAUGGUUGUCAAAAGCUGGAGUUAGUUUCCUCUUACAAAUAAAUGGCAGUUCACCACACAACAAAUCUCAAAUCAAUUGCGCUGUUGUGGCGAUAUACCUGAAACACAGAUCCCCAGACUUUUCUGUCACCAUCAGAGUUCUAUCCCCUGGUUUUCAUUUGCACAUGACCGUGUGACCAUCUCGCUAUUUCUGCAGAGACCCCACAUUCUGUUUCACAGCAGUUCGUCUGGCACUGGAGUUGAAGCUACAAGGUGUGCUCUGUCACUGAAGGCUGAGCAGACCAUGCGCUGACGUUGAGAGACAAAGAAAGUGCUUGUUAAAGGUUUAGAUUGCCGAUUAAACUAAGCCACAUUAGGCUUGAUCAGUACCUGGGAGGAUUGACUACAAGGGAACGCUGGAUGCUGAUAGAACAGACUCUCAGGCUAGUUGAUUCAUGAGCAACAACUUGCAGUGUGCAACCAUGGAACUUGAGAGUGCACAUACAAACAGUGCAAAAAUUGAUGUAUGUGCCAGUUGGAACUGUUUGUAGACGUCUGUGUCGAUUCAUUCCAAUGUUGCACACUGCAAGCUAUAUCGAACGCUGAUAGCUUCUGUUCUACGGUUUGAGAGGUUAGGCGCAUUAUACAUAGAUGUGUGCUUAAGGACAAUGUAGACAAGGAACGAAAAAGGACAAGACAAACGCCGGCUAAUGCCAAGUCCAGAAUAAAUUUUACUGGAUUCUUUUGUUCAUCUUGGGUCCAUGUUUUAUAUGUCUGACCAUAUAGGAGCCUAUCGCCCGACCUUUCAAACCAUUGAUUCUUACCAAUUUGCUCAGCCUUUUGUCAUUCUAAGCUAGUUAAGUGUCACACUUGAAUGAGACAGUCAGCUGUCUGCAGCACAACACAUGUCACACUGUAGAUAUACGCAUUUGCAUGAUUGUGCUUGCGAUUGACUGGCGUCAGCUGCAGCUUGGAUUCCAGUGCUACAUUACUGUCAAACAAAGCAGAAGCACUGUGUGGUCAUGGUAUGAUCACGUUGACCCCCGUGUUAACCAUCCAGCGUGGUGGUAUUUCCGACAUUCAUAAAUCUGCCUCAUCUUGCUUCUUUUCCCAUCACCCCGUGUCGCAUGUUUGUAGUGUUUGUGUCUCUUCUCUGCACCCCAUCCCUUUCACGCUGAUAAAAUGAAUCAAGAAACGCAAGUUAAUACUUCCAAGGCAUUGUUGUCAUGAAAUUUCUCUAUGAAGCGACAUUUAAAGGAAUACUAAAGGUAACUAUAAAGUCAAGCUGGAGUAGUAGAUUACACCUGUGAACUAUCAGCGCUUGUCUUGUGCCAAGACAUUACUCUGGCUAUGCAAAAACUGCGAUUAAAGACAUGCAUCUUUUUCUCACUUACCUGAGAAAACAGGAGCAACGUCAUACAAGUGUCAGCACAGAAAUCUCGGGGGGGGGGGUUAUGCUCUGACGAGAACUACUGCCCUCGGCGAGUUAGACGGUAGCACCGAGAGGCUACCACAUUCCCAGAUGGGCACUGAUGAAGCUCUGCAGGUUCUCGCUUUGCAAAAAUUCAACAAAAUUGGACAAACUGCGUUAUCUUUUACGUUCAAAUGGAAGUCACUUUAUUUAUUUUGCCAAUUUUUAUAUGCUCACAGACAAAUUGUUAUCUUGAGGGUUUAUGCAGACGGGAGUUGGACCUGCUGGCGCCACUAGCUUCUCAGAUGUACGUCGCUUUGUUGUUCACGAUGGCUCUGUUCUCGGCAAGGAUGGCACGCUAAUAAUUCUUGUAGGAAAGUAAUAAAUCAAUUCACCUUGACCCAAUUGAUGCCUUUACUGUUUCUUUAAUUCUGUGGUCUUCCAAAAGAAAUGAGAGCAUCCGUUAGUAACUGCUGCGAUUUGAAACAGUGCAAUGGCCACUACUGGUGGGCCUGCCACGUACAGCAGUGUUUUAACACAAUUGUGUUGCUUAAAAACCAUUGAAUGAGAUUAAAGAAACAACACAGCUAUAUUUUUAGUAGGAAGAGUCUUUGAAGAGGUCUUAUUUUUAUGCAGCAUGUAUGUGUGUAUGUGUGUGAGGGUGCUGAAAAGAUGUCUAAUAAAAUAAUCUGCAAUGUAUCUUACAA